CUGAAUCCACAUCCGGGUCCUGUGCUGCUGCUGGUGUGCAGAGAUUCGGUCCCGAACACAGCGGACCAAAACAGCGGUCAAACCCGACCCUUUGCAGCUUCUAAUUACAUUCAGGACGCAGAAUAAAUGGGAAUGAUGCAUCCCUGGUUUAAAAAGAUAAGGGUGAUCCUCUCGCUCACAGACUGAAUGCAGAGCAAAACAAUCCGCCAGCCUCUCUCUCUCUCUCACCACCGACGGGCUCAGUUUAUAUCUCUAUCUGUCUUUUCGUCCUUUUCUUUUAUCUGUGUUUUACCUCCUCCACUACAGAACUCGCCAGGACUUAUUUUUAGUGGAUUCCUAAGCAACAGAGAUGGGUGCAUUUCUCGAUAAGCCAAAGAUGGAGAAACACAACGCAAAAGGGGACGGCAACGGCCUGCGCUACGGCUUGAGCAGCAUGCAAGGCUGGCGUGUCGAGAUGGAGGAUGCGCAUACUGCUGUCAUCGGUCUGCCCAAUGGCCUGGACCCCUGGUCGUUCUUUGCUGUUUAUGACGGGCACGCGGGAUCGCAGGUGGCACGUUACUGCUGCGAGCACCUCCUGGAGCACAUCACCAGCAACCCUGACUUCCAGGGUGGAGGAGGGGGUCCAGCCGUGGAGCCCAACGUGGACAGCGUGAAAUCCGGAAUCCGUACGGGUUUCCUGCAGAUCGACGAUCACAUGCGGCAGAUCUCGGAGAAGAAGCACGGUGGUGCCGACCGCAGUGGCUCGACGGCCGUUGGUGUGAUGCUCUCACCCCGCCACAUCUACUUUAUCAACUGCGGAGAUUCGCGGGGGGUGCUGAGCCGCGGAGGGGCUGUGCACUUCUUCACGCAGGACCACAAACCCAGCAACCCCCUGGAGAAGGAGAGGAUCCAGAACGCUGGAGGAUCUGUGAUGAUCCAGCGCGUCAAUGGGUCCCUGGCAGUGUCCAGGGCUCUGGGGGACUUUGACUAUAAGUGUGUUCAUGGUAAGGGUCCCACGGAGCAGCUGGUGUCGCCAGAGCCCGAGGUGUAUGCUAUCGAGCGGUCGGAGGCGGAGGACGAGUUUAUUGUUCUUGCUUGCGAUGGGAUCUGGGAUGUGAUGGCCAAUGACGAGCUGUGUGAUUUUGUUCGUUCUCGACUUGAGGUGACUGACGAUCUGGAGAGGGUCUGCAAUGAAAUUGUAGAUACCUGUUUGUACAAGGGAAGUCGUGACAACAUGAGUGUUGUGUUGGUGUGUUUCGUCAGUGCACCAAAGGUUUCCCCUGAAGCUGUCAAAAGGGAGGCGGAGCUUGAUAAAUACCUAGAGAGCCGAGUAGAAGAGAUCCUGAAGAGGCAGGGGGACGAUGGUGUGCCUGACCUGGUACAUGUGAUGCGCACAUUAUCAAAUGAGAGCAUCCCCAACCUACCACCAGGAGGAGACCUGGCCAGCAAGCGGAGUUUCAUUGAAGCAGUAUACAACAAACUUAACCCAUACAGGAACGAGGAUACAAAGAACUGACUGAAAAUCAGGACUCUGCAUCCACGGAUGACAUGUGGUAGCCCCGCCACUUUAAACACUGCACAGAGUUUACAACCCUCCAGAACCCUGCACAACAACCUUUCCUACAGGACCCGGCACCAGAACCCUGCACAAGAACCCUCAACUACUACAGGACCUGCACAAGAACCCUACCACAGCCCAGCUCAGCUGCUCUGGACUGUUCGGAGGAGGAGGAGGAAAAGGAAGGGAAUGAGGGCUCCCUCCCCUUGUUCACAUAAUGUUCCCUCUCAGUGCAAGGCAAUGGUACCUUCUGGAAAAUUUCUGCUUACUCUUUUGUCCCGAAUCACUCUCUUCCCAAAACCUUUUAUCCUUAACAUCACCCUCUUAAAAAAAUCCAACACAACACUUUUUUUUUUUUCAUUUAAAUAUAUAUAUUUUUUUCGGUGUAAUUAAUUUGAUUCACAUUUCCUUGUGUGUUUGUAUAUUUCAGCUUUUAUUUCUGUGAAGUGCAAUUGUCUUGUACAAAGAAAAAGCCUGUAUCAAAUGCAGCUUGAGUUUUAAGUUUAUAAAAAAAAAGAAAAAAAAGGCACACCUUUGUGCCCUGCCUGCUUUUUGUUUCCUCUCUAACCGCUGAAGCCCAACACAUCUGCCUCUCAUCUGCCUCCUCAUUUUCAUUUCUUUCAUUUUUACCCCUUUUUUUUAAAAACUAAAUAUAACUUUUUGUAUUGUUACUUUUUAAGUGAAACGGGUAAAUGAUAUGGGCUCACAGCACAGUACAGUAAGCUUUUUUGUAAAUCUCACAGCACAGAUGACAGUAAUUGUUAUGUUCUCUCAGUACUACUGUUUUUCUUUUUCUGAUGGGGUGGGUUUUUUAUUUUUACCCCUUAUUUUUCUGAGGAAACCGCUUUAACUUACUUAAACUAAGCUGAAAUUGUGUGCAUGUUUGUGUGUGUAAGAAUGAAUGCGUCAGAUGAGAAAUCAGUGGUUUGUGUUGUAUGUAUGUGUGUGUUUAAGAGUGCAUGUUUGAGCCACCAAACUAUUUCCAUAGUGAAAGGUGUGUGUGUUUGUGGGCUAAAACUGAUUCUCUCUUUUAUCAUCAACACUAGAACUUGUCUCUACAGUGUUCUGCACUACUGCAGCUCUUGAUUUUAGUUUAAGUUGGCCUGGGAGCAUCUUAGAGGAUCUCCUGUUCUUGCUGGAAAAAAGCAAUUGUUAAGAAGCAUCCAGAACUGAGACAGGCCGUCUUAAAGGGAUAGUUUACCCAAAAAUGAAAAUUCUGUCAUCAUUUACUCACCCUCAUGUUGAUCCAAACCUGUAUUAGUUUCUUACUUCUGUUGAACACAAAAGAAGAUAUUUUAAAGAAUGUGGGUAACCAGACAGUUGACGGUAGCCAUUGACUUCCAUAGUAUUUUUUUCCUGGAAGCCAAUGGCCACCGUCAAUUGUUUCGUUACCCACAUUCUUCACUCCAUCUUCUUUUGUGUUCAGCAAAAAAAAAAAAGAAA